AUGACUUCAGAAAUGCAAAAAAUUAAGAUUGAUCUACCCAGUCUUCAAGCUUUCAAUUACACCGGUAUACUUCAAGACUCUUGCAUGGAUGUGAGUACUAGUAAGAAUCUAGAGGUGUUGAAGUUGCGUUCUCCUUUCUUAACUGACAGUGAUUUUGAAGACCUUAUUUCCAAUCUUCCUUUCCUUCGAAUCAGGGUGAAGGUUUCGAGUCAAAGACUCGUGAAGUUAAAACUAAUUACAUCGCUGGAAGUCAUCAUCAUUGAUGCUCCAAACUUACACACCUUCAAAUUUGCUGCAAUUACAACUCCAUCUGUGUUUUCGGUGGACACAUCAAGGUUAGCGAAAGCUACUUGCCAAUUAUUUGAGAUCAACGCAAGCUUUUUCCUCAAACUAAGGGAACUUGUCGAGUAUUUCAAGCAGUACUUGAAGCUGCAAUUCGAAGGAGACUCUCAUGGAGAUCAGAAUUCUGAAGCAGAACAAUUAAACUUUCUUAUGGAGAGUUUACUUAAGAUUUGUCAUCCAGAAUAUUUGCUUAUUUUAUUAUACGGCUGCGAUGAAAGCAAUUUUGUUAGCACGGCAAUAAUGCACAAAGAAAAAAGACACUGCUGUUGCACUGCUUCCCGAAGCAACUGUUGGCAGCUUAACAUUAAUGGCAUCCACUACGAGCAAUACUUUGCUGCGAUUGGUGAUUCCGAUAUUUUAUACAUUGAACAAUUAGUUGAGCCUAAAUAUGCAUAUGGUCUUGACCUGUUUCUGCAGUAA